AUGGAGAAGGUCAUCGACUACCGCAUUACCUCGCGCCCGAUGGUCGAGGAUCACAACAAGAAAGCUGUUGCGGCUGGCGACAGCAAAAAGGUCCUUGACAUCUCCGAGGACGAGUUCGUCCACAUCUACUGUGGAGACACCAUCUUCGUUGUCUUCCGCGAGAUCAUCACCGCUGGAUCCUUGUACUUCGAUGCCUGUCUCCUCGGCUUCUUCAAGGAGUCCUACAACCAGGAGAUCUUCUUCGAUGACAUUGAUUCCAAGGCUCUCAAACUCUACCUUCAACUCACUCACGGCUGGUACUUUGAGAUAAAGUCUUUCGGUAGCAAGGUCGUUCCCUUCUCUCUGUUCGAUGAUCUCAUCAACGCAAACGACCCCGAGGCCUUCAAGCGAGCUCACCUGGAGAUCCCUAAAAUCAAGCUCAAGACCAUGGCUGAGGUCUGCAUUCUCUGCGAUCGUCUCCUUCACCGCUCGCUUCUCUGCAUCGUCAGACACAUGUUCAUGACCUUGCUGGCCCGUACCAAGCAGAACUGGAACACCCUCAAGUACGAGGAUUCCAACUGGGACAUGAUGUUCCACGUCGACUUCAUGCUCGACUACAUGGCUGCCUUCGACCUCUUCUCUACCGGUCACGAUGAUGAGCACCUCAUCAGAGACGCUAUCUCGGAGAGCUUCUACUGGUUCACCAGACACACCCCAUCCCUCGUUCAGCAUUUCUGGAACAUCAUGAGCCCCAAGUUCAUUUCAGAGUGGAACGUCUCUCGCCACAUUGUCUGGGAUUCGGAGUCGGAGAUCAUCAUCGGUCGUGAGUGGGUCAGAUUUGACCACGCCAAGAAGCUGUUCAUCACCGAUCAGCUCGUCUUCGAGAACUCAACCAAGCAACAGAAGGACAUCAGAAACGGUCGUGUCGACAACAUGUGCUCAAUUGCUGACCGCAUCAAGCUGUUCCCUUUCGUUGAGGAGCAGGAAGACAACCGCACCCGCCUCGCCCGUCUCCGCGCCAUCGUCGAGCAGGUUCAGCACAAGAACACUACUCAGUACCGUACCUUCAUCCCCGGCGCCAAGGUUCACCCGGUCACUGGCAAGAGUGACCUUGGCAAGCGUGCUACCUCCAAGAAGCAGGGCAAGAACAAGAUCACCCAUACUGGAGGUGGCAAGGGCGAAGGAGACCGUGAUCGGGAUAACAUGGUCGAGGUUCAACCCAACCACAAGGCUGGCAACCGUCAGCCGAAGCGUGUCCAGGCCCAGCGCGGUGACGAUAUCGCUGAUGCUACCCUCGAGAAUACUCACGGCCAUGCCGGUAGUGUUGGUCGAGCUCACGGCGGCGGACGUAGUCAGACUAAUGGUCGCGGUCGUGGUGGCGGUCGUGGUGGCGGUCGAGGCAACGGCGGUGCUCAGGGUCACGCUCGGAACCACACUCAGGACCGUGAUCAGGUUCACGUUGAAGGUCAGACCAAGGGUCGUGGCAAGAACCGCGGUCAUGUUCAUGCUCAAGAUACUGCUCAGAACCCUGCUCAGGGUCACGCGCAAGGUCGUAGCGGCGGCCGUACCAAGACUCAUGGCCGUAAAGAACGUCACGCCCACAAGACUCAGGAUAACUCUUGA